CCCCGAUCGUAUACUCAGGGCACGCCUGGGGGAUGUGCGACAGCGAACUGCGGCGCUUUAGACCACCUCACUCACUCAUACAUCCUCAUCUUACAGCUCACUGCUGCCUGUCUCAUCAGCUAUGGCUCGUCAGAAGGACACUGGCUGGGCCUGGGUGUGCGUGCUGGGCUCGUUCUACAUCCACUUCAUUGUGUUUGGACUCAUGCAGUCAUUCGGCGUCAUAUACGUGGAGCUCCUGGAUCAGUUUAAAAGUUCUCGGGGUGAGACAGCCUGGAUUGGAUCUCUUCUCAGUGGACUGCUGUUGUUGCUUGGACCCCUAGAUGUGAUCGUCCUCGGCCUGCUGGGAACUCGAGCGACAGCCGUAUUGGGGGCUGUGUUGGCGUGUGUAGGCUGCAGUGUCAGUUUCCUGGCUAAUAGUCUGCUCUUCCUGUAUCUCAGCUAUGGGGUUCUCCAAGGUUUGGGCUUCAGCCUACUGUUUGUGUCCGCCACCGUCAUCGUGAACCAGUACUUUGAUAAACGUCGGUCUCUGGCCAACGCCCUUGGGUCUCUCGGAGGAGGUGUGGGAACCCUGGCUCUCCCUCCUCUCCUCCAGAUGAUGAUGUCAGUGUACACCUGGCGAGGGGCGUUGUUGAUUACAGGUGGGCUUGUCCUCAACUGUGCAGUGUUUGGGGCACUUUUCAGGCCGUUUUACACCAGGCAGGAACUCAGAGAUAUGGCAACCGAAUCCAGAACAUCAGAUGGAGACAAGCAAGAAACAAGAAAAUCUUGCUCAGCUGCCGCUUUCUGCUUCAAAGUGAAGUCCAUCCUGUCAACAUUCACCAACAUCAGAUACACCAUUUUUGUUGUUGGUUCCGUUGUCGGGGCUCUGGCUUACCUCAUCCCUUUCAAUCACCUCCCUGACCUGGCGAACGGCCUGAAUAUCCCGGAGAAGAAGUCGACUUGGCUCAUAUCCACCAUUGGUAUAUCCAGCAUGGUGGGGCGCCUGCUGUUUGCUCGGAUAUCCGACAUCCCGUGUGUCAACAGGGUGGCUUUCCUCGCCUCAGCCAGUAUUCUGUGUGGGGCUGCCACUAUGACGUGUCCGAAGUUGUUGUCGUUUCAAACGCUGAUGGCUUACUCUGUGUUUUUUGGGACAUUCUUAGGCGUGUGGCUGUACCUCCAAGCUGUGGCGGUGGCUGACACUAUAGGAGUAAACAAACUCAGUGAAGGGUUUGGCUACCUCAUCUGUUUCCAAGGCAUCGUGGUCUUCCUCGGAUCGCCUAUGGCCGGUUGGUUAUACGACUUGACCGGAAACUAUGGCAUGUCCUUCUACGUCGCGGGAGGUCUUUUCAUCCUAGGGGGCGCCAUAAUUCUACUUUAUGACGUCACACGUACCUGCUUCCGGUCGGAACACAGUGACUCGUAUAGUCCUAACACGGUGGGAGAGCAUGUCUAUGACAACCCUGCUGUUGUGUCAGAGGAAAGGCUCUGAUGACGUCAGCUAUGACGUCACACGCACCUGGUUCUGGUUCCGUUUCCAACACUAACACUUGUAGUCAAAAUAUGGAGGAGUGUGUCCUU